GCAUUAUAACCCCUCUUAGCUGGCUAUUGUUGUUUUGCUACGUACACUAUGUCAUUUGCAGAGUAGGGCCCUUCUUUUCCCGAUAUGCAUCUGCCGAGGAUACGUACAUUUACGUACUAUUUUUUAAUUACGCAGAACAACACCUCUCGUUCUCCUAGUCUCCCGUGAACAACCUCACUCAUCCUGCGCUCGACCAAGCUCGCCCAUCAUGCUGUCUCGAAGCAUAGCCUCCAUCUCCCGCAUUGCGCCCAUGCGCGCUUUGCGUCCUUCUCCUGUGUUCCGCCAAGGACUCCCAAGCCUGAUGCGCUUCUAUGCCGACAAGAUCAUCCAGGUCCCGGUGAUGGCCGAGUCUAUAUCUGAGGGCACUCUCAAGCAGUUCUCAAAAUCGAUCGGCGACUACGUCGAGGUAGACGAGGAGAUUGCCACCAUUGAGACGGACAAGAUCGAUGUGGCCGUCAACGCGACAGAAGCCGGUAUCAUCAAGGAGUUCUUCGUCAACGAGGAGGACACCGUUACAGUGGGCCAGGAUUUGGUUCGUGUUGAGCUUGGUGGCGAGAAGCCAGAGUCUUCAGGAGAGGCAGAGAAGCCCAAGGAGGAGUCUAAGCCCCAAGCUUCCGAAUCAAAACCUGCCGCCGAGCCAGAAGAGCCAAAGUCACAACCUGCGCCCAGCGAGAGCAAGAGCGAGAAACCUGCGCCGUCCCCCAAGAAGCCUGAGGAACAGCCUCAGAAGAAGAGCCAGCCCGAACCUGCCGCAUCGUCAAGCUCUCUCCCAACCCCUGGAAACCGCGAGGAACGCCGUGUCAAGAUGAACCGUAUGCGACUACGUAUUGCCGAGCGCCUCAAGCAGUCUCAGAACACUGCUGCCUCACUGACGACCUUCAACGAGGUCGACAUGUCCAACAUCAUGGAGUUCCGAAAACUUUACAAGGAGGAGACCCUGAAGAAGACUGGCGUGAAGCUGGGUUUCAUGAGCGCCUUUUCCCGUGCCGCAGUUUUGGCCAUGCGAGAUAUUCCCGGCGUCAACGCUUCCAUUGAGGGUCCCAACGGAGGCGACACCAUCGUAUACCGCGAUUAUGUCGAUAUCAGCGUUGCCGUCGCCACGGAGAAGGGUCUGGUUACCCCCGUGGUGCGAAACGUCGAGUCUAUGGACAUGAUUAGCAUCGAGAAGUCCAUUGCUGACAUGGGCAAGAAGGCUCGCGACAACAAGCUCACUAUUGAGGAUAUGGCUGGCGGUACAUUUACUAUCAGCAACGGCGGUGUCUUUGGCUCGCUGAUGGGAACGCCCAUCAUCAACCUGCCCCAGAGUGCCGUCCUGGGUCUCCACGCCGUCAAGGAUCGCGCCGUGGUUGUCAACGGAAAAGUGGAGGUUCGCCCGAUGAUGUAUCUGGCGCUUACAUAUGACCACCGUCUGCUCGAUGGAAGGGAAGCCGUCCAGUUCCUUGUCAAGAUCAAGGAGUACAUUGAAGACCCCCGGAGAAUGCUCCUGUAGAAGCUUUUCCUCCUCCCAAACAUUACACACCUUACCUAACGAUGGCGGUAAACUCUUUAAUUAGAAAAUGUUGUAGUUAAUACAAGCAUACAAGACAUGUGAAUAUAGGCUGUAUGCCGAGGCACCUUGACCCAGCA